AUGUCUUGGGACGACGAAGCUAUUAAUGGUUCUAUGGGUAAUGAUGACGCUGUCCUAAUGGACUCUUGGGAUGCGGCUGGUGAUGAUGAACCAAUCAUGGAUUCCUGGGAUGCUGAAGAAACUACAGAAAAGAAUCCAGAACCAAAGAAGAAGGAGACAAAGCCUGCCGCUAAGAAGGCUGUUAAGGGUAAAGGUAAGCAAGGUGGCAGCGACAAGGUCCUGAUGGAAAUUGACACAUUGGAUGAAAAGACUCGUAAGGAAUUGAUUAAAAAGGCAGAAAUGGAUUCUGAUUUGAAUAAUGCUGCCGAUCUAUUCCAAGGUCUGGGAGUUGCCGAGAAACACCCAAGAGAAUUGGCAAUGGAGAGAGAUGCUGAACGCGCUUCUCUUUUGAAACAUGCUGUUAUGACUAAAGAUACCCCAUUCGAACAACAUCCUUUAAUUUCUAAUGCUGAAACGAAGAGAGACUAUCAAGAUUUGAGAAAAUCUCUCGCUGCUGCUAUUGUUCCUUUAAAUGAAAAAUCUUCCCUAAAUUAUUCAUCUUCUUUAACCAUUGAUUUAAUUAAGGAUAUUGCUAAGCCAAUGUCUAUCGAAUCCAUUAGACAAACUGUUGCUACUCUAAAUGUAUUAAUCAAGGAGAAAGAAAAGGAAGAAAGACAAGCUCGUCUAGCCAAGGUUAGAGGUGGUACUGCUACUGGUGGUGCUGGUAAGAAGAAAGCUAAGGGUAAAACUAACCUGGGUGGUGCAUUCAAGAAGGACAAUGAUUUCGACCUUGAUAGUAACAACUAUGAUGACUUCGGGGAUGACGAUUUCAUGUAA